AUGUUCAAGAACCUAUUCAAAGAGCACGGUGUCAAGAACGUCGUCACGCUCUUCCACAAACCCAGUGUCUCAGCAUCGACUCGAAUUCUAACACAGCUUAAGCAAGCUUCCGCGACGUCGAACACAACUGCAACGGUAGAUCAGGCAUCAUCACAUGAGGCCCAUAAUCAAUCGCAACACGCUCCGUUUGACCUCGACGUCGUCGAAGAGCCACCAACGUCCGACCAAUUACAGAACAUCAUCGAAUACGUGGGCAAUAAAAAUGCAGGGAAAGUGGUGACCGGAGCAUCCGACGUGUCCGAUGCAGUGCGGAGGCUGGAACACGAUGCAGAGAGCUUCCAGCGACCAGUGACCGUAGACUGGACCAAUGGCAAGGCAGUGAUUGGAGAGGACAAGUCAGAGAUCCUUCAUCUGCUGAAGUCACUUCCGAAGGAAUAG